AUGUCCUCACACAUCACACUCACACAUGGACUUGCGCACACACGCAAAACGCACGUAUCGUCAGUCUUGGAACAAGAAGAGAGGGUACAUGACAUGUCGAGAACCAGAGAGCGCACCCUCCCCCCAAGUCAGGUCAACUGGGACAACUGGGGGCCAUUGACGCUGAAGCAGGAACGAACGGGGCACUUUUGCAAGGCACUUGGAUACUUGGAGCAACGACACAUGAACCGAUUAUGGGUAGGUACGAGGGUGCGUGCGGCCUGCCCCCUUCCAGGUGUCCCUUGUUGUCCUGGAGCUCUCCACUCGCCCCUGCACUGCUGGUGUACCUUCCUCGCCCUUUUCUCUCUCUUUCUGCGUCGCCCCAUGUCCUACUGCGCAAGGUACUCCCUCUCCUACCUUACCUUGGCCGGCACCGGCUGUGACGAUAACAGACAGUGCGAGGCCGAUCUUGUCUCUUCGGCAAGUGGAAGGGGGCUCCAGUGCUCAGCUUCCCUGCCUCUGCUCCACACUGCUGGGCCUGCUCAACCUGGAGUCGGCGGCGAUCGUCUCUGUGCUGCCGGUUGGGCCACCGCCGACCUCCAGGGGCUAGACACUGCCUUGCUCCUGCCCCUGAUGCCUCUCAACACAUGUACAUCGUGUGCCUUUUCCAUACAACAGGAGAAGAAGUACCUAUCACGACACCGCACCUUCUUCACUGUGAAGUACAGAGUAAAACACUCGUACGGAUAUGAAGCGACAACUCCAUUCAACGUCCUGCUAUGCUUUCAUCCCAUCCGAUAUGCCUCCUGUUCUGCUUCUUCUCAAGCUGUCUUCUGCCAAAGCCCUGCGGCUGACUUUUCGUACUGGGGUGCCAUCGACAGUUUGCGGCUGACAGCUUGCCAACGCCGACGGAGCAUCACAAGGCCACUGCCCUCGAGUCUCAACACCAUCAACACAACUGACAAAUGGGCCCCGACAAUGCAGACAAACAUCACGCUCGUUGGGACCAUCUUUCAUCACUCGAAUCCGCUACCGCUGUCACCUCCGCUGCUCAUCAUCAUCACCCUCAGCCCGCCGCCAUGCAGACGCAAAGUAAUACUGUACGAAUGCAUCCAACUCUCAAACUUCUUCGACCCCCUUCUUUUCUUCCAUCCUUCCACACAGCUCAGGGGUACCUCGCCAAAUCGACAGGCCUUGCUGCGUACCUUACCUUACCGAUACCUCUCGGAUGCACACAGUAUGCCUCCGGCUGCCUGGCAGCUGCCCUCGCCUAACACAGACCCCAGCAAUGCUAUUUGGCUUUUCUCUCGUUUUGCCUCGUCAUCAUCAAACAAUCGGGUUAUUUCUGCCAUCAUCUCCACCCCGGUAGUGGGUCGCUCCUCUCCCACUCAGGAGCGAGAAUGGCACAUCCAAUUUACCUUUCGCAACCCCACAUACAAAACCUACGAUAGGGCGGACCAGGGGCUUGGGUGCUCGCAUGUGUUUCCUUUGCCUCGAGAGUCGAGAGUCGAGAGUCAGGUCUUGCCUCCCCUCAAAUCGCUUUUCCUCCGGUCCAGCACUCGGCCAAGCUGUACAAAAUGUCUUCGUCCUCUUAGCCAGACACAUAUCAACCAUUGUUCAUUCGGCACCGCACGCGAAUAUGCUGCCCGCCUAUCGAUGACUACGUCCGCAAGCAAGCAUCUACGGAGUGCUCCGUAUGAGCCGCUACCCAGCAGCACUCAAAGCUCAUCAGAUAAGCUAGACUUGGCGUCACCGUUGGCGCUGGCCGAGCACCCUCGAGCGUACGCUGUCAAUGAGGACAGACAGAGUGUGGUCAAAGCCACUCCAUUUCGCAACGCCAUUGCGCUGCAGUACAGAUACAACAAUACGGUACCUCGCGAGUCCAAAUAUCCACCCUUGCUCUCCAAUGGCGAAAAUUACAGAUGGAACACUGAUGAGAACCCGCGACCUAGCCGCCUCAGGUGCUGUCGCUUCCCUCUUGUUUGCGUUGACUUCCUCUUGGCGGCCGCUUCUACAAGUUCCAUUAAUUAUGCCGGGCUGCAAUGUUACGGCAACGAGGUGCAGAAGCACGUAUCAAAGUCGCGAAACAAAGUUACGCUGGAGCUGUUUGAACGACCCCCUGCUUGUUAUUUCUGGCCCAUUCCUCAUGGCCAAUCUCGAUCCAAGGGCCCUGUAAAAGGUGCGAGGGUGCGACAGUACAAGGUGCAGGGACUCCCGGCUGCUCCGCCAUACCAAAGAUUCAAAGGGGCAUGGUCGUGGAAGGGCUCCAUUGCAGGCCCGACAAUCAGGCACAAGCGGCUCGAGGUUGACAAGAUGGUUUGGCUGAUGCCGUCACCGUUGUCAUAUUGGCACAUCGGAAGAGAGACAGAAGGACAACAGUUGAAUAACUUGCAAUGGGUUCUUUCUCAACUUGUCACGCGUAAAGGUACAACAACGACGUCGACGACAUCAAGACGCAGGUACCGUCUGUUUAGCGACGACCUUCAUGGAUGUGAGCACAAACCUGGCGCAAAGUUGGGUGCGUGGAGAGGCCUAGUGGCCCUCGCAAGCAGCCGGGAGAUUGAUGCUAGGCCUAGCGGGGAAGGUUUCCAGAAUUCUUCUAGAAGGCAUCGACGGCGUGUGAGCCGCCGUGGAAUUACAGCUGCGUCAAAGGGAUGGGCUGCGCCGCCGUCUCGCCGCUUCAUCUGCGACGAGGGUGGGGUGCUCGAUGUCAACCUAUCCCUGGAAGGCCUCUUUCUUCUCUCCACUCCUUCUGGAAUACUUCGAGAAGAUUACAAGGCAAGGCCCCAGAGCCAGGCACCUUGUGUCGUAUCAGCCUUGAACCGGGGGGCACUCGCGCGCGCGGACUGGGGGCCCGUCUCUCACUGGCCCAUUGGCUUUACCGUUAUUGGGAUCCAUGGCAAAGGGGCGUGUCGCGCCGAGGGCUUUGGACGUAUGUUUGUCGCCCUGGCCGCCCGUUCGAAUGCUCGCAUGGCUGCCUUGACUUACGAACGGGACAGCCGGCUGCAGACGUCAAGCAUCAGGCGCCAGAGCACUCACGAAAAGACACCAGACUGGCAGAUAGGACCUUGUCGACCACAGUCAAGGCCCAUUGACGGCCGGCCCUCUGCGGAUUAUUACACACAGUACCCGUACCCGCCUCGUCAGGGCUCAGCUCAGGCACGGGCGCAUCACGGCAUCUCCCAGACUCCCACGGCUGAAGCAACCCACGGCUUAUCACAACCGUCAUGCAUGCGAGCCUCAGCGGAGAUUGCCGCAGGCGACUUUGAACAACGAUUGUCUGUGCGAGCCGUCCAACUACGGUUACAGACAGCCCAAUCUGUCGAAGCUCACGAGCUUUUGAUCAAUCGACGUGGCACGGACGAUUCAAGAUUAAGAACAGGCGCAAAAGCAGAUGAGCGAAGCGGUCAGCCAGAGGCAGGAGACUCUGCUGAGGUGUGCUGUCAAACGAUUAGUUUGGGUGAGUCUGCGAGGCGUGUCGGGACAAUCUGUUUCAGAAGAUAUGCCCAGAUUGGUCGCCAUGCACUAGUGGUGACGAAUACAGAUUGCCGUUGCAUCAUCAGCAGCAACGCGGGCAUCAACACAACCCCUGACCACUUUACAAUCUAUCAAGCACUCGACCAUCCGUCGCUAGACACAUCGGCAGCGGCUGGCAAGGGAUGGAAGAUUGGCGUGCGCCAACCGCCUGAGCUUGGAGGCUUGAACAGCUUCCAUGAUUGUUCCAUGCAGGAUUCUUUUCUAUUCAUCCUUCCAUGGAGGAUCACUUACGAUUGUGCUACGCGACCCCUGGGCUUACUACGGCCAAGUUUGUUCUCUAGUUCAACGGCGUUCCAGGUUCCUCGCCAGCAGCCAGCGAUGCCUUUGGUAGCGGGAGAAUUGUCUACUCUCAGUCCAAGGCACUCAGGCAGCAUGCAGUCCGCACACUGUAAAGCCAUGACCGGACACGAGAUUCAGCGGGAUCUAGCUUCAUGCCAUGGGGCUAUGGCCAGUGCCUGCCCCUUGCCUAGCAAGUUCUGUUCCAUUUACACCUCGUCAGCUGCGGCCGGCAGCGCAAAUGGCCUCUGCUCUUCCCUUUCCCUAUACUCCGCAGAUUGUACUGGUAUCUGUGUCUGUAUCCAUAUUGUCCUCUCACGCAGCUUCGGUGAGGGCCGCGAAACCGAAGAUCACGUCUAUUUCCGUCCAUUCUUUUUGUAUCCGUACGUCUAUUUCCUCAGGUGCCAAGAAGCAAUAGGUAUCGCGGUCGUCGACGACGGUUCAACGCAUAAGUUCGCUCGAAGUAGCAAGACGGUUCUCGGACUCUGA